AUCGCAUUUCAUAUUUUUUAGUGAUGGAUCAAUAAUCUCUACUUUGAAGUCUAUCAUUUCUAUAAAUGAGAGAUAUUUACCAUAAUAUUUUUAUAUUGAUCUUUAACGAAUAAUCUUGAUUUAAAAUCUAGUUUCUAAUUUUUAAUAGGUUAAAAUAAAAAAUAUCAAUAUUAAUUUAAUAAAUAUUGUAGUUAUUUUUAACUCAAAAUACAAAUAAUAUUAUCUGAUAUAAAUUUAUAUAUAUAUGUAUAUCAGAUAAUUAACCUUGCAAAUAUGAAUACACAAGAAAUAACAAUUCCAGUACCAUGGGGACAUAUUUCAGCUAAAACUUGGGGUAAUACCAUGGCUACUAGAGUUCUUUGUGUCCAUGGCAAACAAGAUAAUUGUGGAACAUUUGAUAGACUUAUUCCUUUACUGCCACCUGGCUUCUAUUUUGUAUGCAUUGAUCUUCCAGGACACGGAAAAUCUUCUCAUUAUGCUCCUGGAUUUCGAAUAACAUUGGAAACUUUUACCAUUGCUAUUAAGCAUGUAAUCGAUUUUUUAAAAUGGAAAAAAUUUAAAUGUAUUGGUCACAGUUUGGGUGGUAUGAUUUGUAGUUUAUUUGCUGCGAUUUAUCCAGAAUAUCUAGAACAUUUAGUUAUGAUUGAUAGUGCAGGACCUGCUAUUGUUCAUCCUGAUGAAACGGUCAUAUAUUUAAGGAAACUUUGUGAUGACUUGUUAACAAUAGAAAAAAAAAUGUCUAAUCAAUCACCACCAUCAUAUACUUACGAACAAGCAUUAAAUUUAAUAUUAACAAAAAGGCCAUCUAAACUAACACAAAAAUCUGCUGAAAUACUAAUAAAACGUUCAUUACAAAUGAAUGCCGAUAAAAAGUAUUCAUUUUCAACAGAUCAAAGAAUGAAAGUAUAUAAUGAUUUGAUAUUAUCUCCAAUGCAGCAAUUGAUCUUUGUUCAAAACAUUAAAUGUCCAUUAUUAUACAUUUGGGUAACUGACAAUCCUGAACAAAAAACUUCCAGAGUUAAACUAGUAAGAAAAAUGUAUAAAAGCAUUUCCAAUGCACAAGUUGUAAAGAUAAAUGGAAAUCAUGAUGUGCAUUUAAACCAUCCAGAUCGAAUUGCUAAUCUAAUAGAAGCAUUUUUAACUGCAGAAAAUUCUAAGCUGUAACCAUUUGUGAACAUUUAAAUAUAAAUACAAAAGUUUAUGGAAAUGAAACUAACCCUGCUGUUCUUUGUGUUCAUGGAAUUCAAGAUAACUGUGAUACUUUUUUUAAACUCAUGCCUUUAUUACCAACA